CUGCAUGGUCAAAAUAUCCGUACAUUCUCGAGGAAAAAAUAUGAUUCGCCUGGGGCUUCGCUUUAGCUGUUUCUUGAGCAAUUGUUAAUACUGGAUUUGAACCGGCUUGGUCAAAAACUUUUGCCAGGCGUAUAAAUAAUAUAAUAAUCAUAAUAAAUCUAGUUUCCUAUUCACAUCAAACCAAGCGGCCUGUUGAUAAGGCAAGCGAAUGGGUUUAUAAGGACUGGACCUGGCGAGGUAAAAACCCGUAUACCUAAUGUCACUUAAAGGUAAUACGAAUAGCAAAUAGCCCGGCUAUCGCUAGACUGGGCUAUGGCUCUAUUGCAAUCAUAAACUGCCCAAGGCGUUCAUAAAAUCUGCCUGAUAAAAGUCGGUUAAAAAACCUCCGAUAAAACUCCUAGCAAAUAACACUGUGGUUAGUUUGCUUUAGUUUCUUGGACGGAAAAGAUGAAGUUGCUCCACUUUUGCCUAAUAAUUUUAUUGCUGCAGCAGCUAACUGUGGCCAAGCGUUUACUGGACUUGGAUGCUGCCAACGCUGGCCAGCUCUCCGACAAGGGUCGCAUUGUGGGUGGUCAGACGGCAGAGAUUGGAUUUGCCAAGUAUCAGGUGUCGCUGCAGGUCACCCUCGGCUAUCACAACUGUGGCGGUGCCAUACUGAACGAGCAGUGGGUCAUCACGGCGGGUCACUGUGUGGUCGACUUUCCAGUCGAGUUUAUUGUGGUGGUCAUGGGCACCAACCGCUAUGCGGAACCCGGCGCCAUCCACUACCCUGCGGAGAAGUAUGUGCACUGCAUGUACGAUAAGCCCUAUAUGCAUAAUGACAUAGCCCUGCUGAAGCUCAGCGAGAACAUAACCUUCAAUGAGCUGACGCAGCCCAUAGAGCUGCCCGUGGGUCCGGUGCGUGAGGGCGCGGAGAUUGUGCUCACCGGCUGGGGCGCUGAGGUGCCCAAUGGCAGUGCUAACGAGAAUUUGCAAAAGCUGAGCUUGGGCUUUGUCAAAUUGGAUGAAUGCCUGGAUAUAUUCAAUCAGACCAGCAACAUGGGCGUGGGACACAUUUGCACAUUCAGCAAGGACGGUGAGGGUGCCUGUCAUGGCGAUUCGGGUGGACCGCUGGUAAGCGAUGGUCAUCUAGUUGGUCUGGUCAAUUGGGGCCGACCCUGUGGCAAGGGAUUUCCGGAUGUGCAGGCCAAUGUGUACUACUAUCUGGACUGGAUUAGGAACGUCAUCAGCGGCAAUGCCAAGUGCAGCACCUGAACAGCUCAUAAAAUAAAUAUUUAAAUAAAUUUGUUAUAUGGAAA